CACCAUGGCCUCCGCCGGUCUGCAAAUCUUGGGGAUCGUCCUGACCCUGCUUGGCUGGGUCAAUGCCCUGGUGUCCUGUGCCCUGCCCAUGUGGAAGGUGACAGCCUUCAUCGGCAACAGCAUCGUUGUGGCCCAAAUGGUGUGGGAGGGGCUGUGGAUGUCCUGUGUGGUCCAGAGCACCGGCCAGAUGCAGUGCAAGGUGUACGACUCACUGCUGGCGCUGCCCCAGGACCUACAAGCCGCAAGGGCCCUCUGCGUCAUCGCCCUCCUCGUUGUCCUGCUUGGCCUGCUGGUCUACCUCGCUGGAGCCAAAUGCACUACCUGUGUGGAAGACAAGAAUUCCAAGUCUCGACUGGUGCUCAUCUCUGGGAUCAUCUUUGUCAUCUCCGGCGUCCUGACCCUCAUUCCUGUCUGCUGGACAGCCCACUCUAUCAUUCAAGACUUUUAUAAUCCCUUGGUAGCUGAUGCUCAAAAGCGGGAGCUGGGGGCCUCCCUCUAUCUGGGCUGGGCAGCCUCAGGCCUUCUGCUGCUGGGUGGAGGGCUGUUGUGCUGCGCCUGCUCCCCUGGAGGGCCCCGGGGACCUGGCCAUUACAUGGCCCGCUAUUCUACAUCUGCCCCACAUUCAGUCUCUCGUGGACCCUCUGAAUACCCUACCAAGAAUUAUGUCUAAUGCUCGCUGGGGAGUGAGGCGCUACUGGCCAGGCCAUAGGGCCUUGAGCUGAGCCAUCAAGAAAUGGUGCCUAGCAGUCUUGGGUUGUUUAGUUUGUUUCUGUUUUGCAGUACUGGAUAUUGAACCCGGGGCCCCACACGUUUGUAAGCCAGUGCUCUACCAAGGAGCUGUAUGGUACCGGCCCCUAGGGUUGGUUUCAUCUGGUUCUGAGACAGGCUGUCAUUACGGAGCUCUGACUGACCUCUAGCUCUAGUUUAAUUGCCUCAACCUGAGCCCAGACCCUGCCUCACUCUGCAGCUCGCAUUUCUCACUUUUAGAUUAUGCAUCGGGAGGGGUGACACUUUUAGUUUGUGUCUUUAUUCACUCUGGGCAUCUUCUGCAGAACCUGUUCUGAGACUGCUUAUGGACCUGGCCUUUGUGGUCCCCAAGAUGGCCUGUCCCAAGAGUUCCCAGUCCUGGAAGUUCAGGUGAUAAGUUACCAAAGAAUUUUCUACUCCAAGUCUUCCAACCUUUUGCCCCUACAUCCCAUUACCAAAGUUACCAUGUACUCUCCCCCAAAUCAGGUCCCAGCUGUGCUGUAGACCCUUUACCCCCUUUUCCCUAACCUUGCACAUUU